AAACUUACAAUCUUUUAAUUUUUAAAUAAUUGGAACUAUAAAUACUUACGAGAAAUUCUCAUUGGUUCUCAUCAAAUUUUAACUAAAAAGUAUGCAGGCAAAAGCUUAUAAAUAUAGGUAGUUCUAAUUGUGGAUUUAAAUACCCAUCAAAUUCGUAAGUUCAUGCUGUAUGCAGCCGCCUUCGGUCCAAUAUAACCUAGAAGCUUUGUAUAAACUGUGCCUUAUUUAUACAAUUUGAACCGUACUUUUGUGUGCAUCAGUGUAACGAUUUAGUACAUUUUCGAAGUUUGUUUUUGUUUUCUUUAAAAUGCAUAUUGCAAUAGAAGGUUGUGCUCAUGGUGAAUUGGAAACCAUUUACAAAUGCAUAACUGAACUUGAAGCUGACAACAACAUAAAGAUUGAUUUACUUAUAUGUUGUGGGGACUUCCAAUCAGUAAGGAAUGAAAAUGAUUUGCGUUGCAUGGCGGUGCCCCCAAAAUACUAUAACAUGUGCUCUUUUUACAAAUAUUAUAGUGGACAACUUGUAGCACCAGUUUUAACAAUCUUCAUUGGUGGAAAUCAUGAAGCAUCUAAUUAUCUUCAAGAAUUACCAUUUGGGGGCUGGGUAGCACCUAAUAUAUACUAUUUAGGGUAUGCUGGUGUUGUCAACUAUAAUGGAUUAAGAAUAGGUGGCAUAUCUGGUAUUUAUAAGGGCAGAGACUAUCAAAAAGGGCAUUUUGAAUGUUCACCUUAUGGGGAAGGCACUAAAAGAUCAGUAUAUCAUAUUAGGAAUGUAGAAGUCUUCAGAUUGAAGCAGUUGACUGAUGAACUGGAUGUCUUUCUUUCUCAUGAUUGGCCAACAGAAAUCACCAAAUAUGGCAAUGAAGAUCAGUUGUUGAGGUUUAAACCAUUUUUCAAAGAUGAUAUAGAUAGGGGAAACUUGGGCAGUCCACCCUGCAAUGAAUUACUGCAUAAACUCAAACCUAAAUAUUGGUUUGCUGCACAUCUACAUUGUAAAUUCGCUGCGUUGGUUCCACAUGAAGAUGGCAGCGCGACAAAAUUUUUAGCACUGGACAAAUGCGUUCCAAAGAAACGUUUUCUACAGGUUAUUGACAUUCCUAAUAAGAAAGACAUGGCAGACUGCAAUAAUUCUUUAGAGUAUGAUCUAGAAUGGCUUGCAAUACUUCGGUCGACAGAAAACUUAACGAGCACUCGCAACGUUACUCAAUUUUUGCCAUCAGACGUAAAAUCGCCGGGCGAAGAUGAAAAGAAUCAAAUACUUUCAUGUUUUAAUAAUAAUUUAUCUAUUCCAUGCAACUUCAAAGCGACUGCGCCUGUUUAUAAACCCGGCACUCCAGCAAAAGGAAACAUAUAUCAACCAAAUUUAGAAGUCAAUUCGCAAACGACCGAAUUUUGUAAUAAACUUGGAAUUCUUGAUCCGACCGAAGAAUUAAUAAGGAAAAAUAUUGAUUCAAGUUCACAGAACAUGUCUAGUUUUCAAAGAAACGAUGAUAGUGUAAAUGAUGCUAGUCAAACUUUUAUUGAGGACGAUUCUGAAGUUUCUCAAUCGGAAAGUAUGAAUGAGAGCGGACUUUUAUCUUCAGGUUUCAAACGAAAGAGUUUAGUUCUACCUGAUGUUGUUAACAAAUCAUCUGAUGAUAUUGAACAAGCAGCUGAUGAACAAUUAGUUGCUGAAAUGAAUGUUAAUCAAGAAAUGUGUGCUAUUGUUGACGAUUCUGCUAAAGAGUCAGAAGAGAAUUUGGACAAAUCUGUUGAGGAAAAGGCAACAUUAUUAAAUGCUAAUGAUGAUAAACCUGCUGUCAAGAAGUUUAAAAGGCGUAAUGCCAGUAUUUAUGAGCAAGAAGAUACAUAGAGAUAAAUAAAUGAUGUUUUUAAAUAAAGACUGAUUAUAUUUUCGA